AUGACUCCAUCCUUUUUAAAAGCCCGACAAAAGCCCGGCCAUUCCCGAUCUUGCGGUGAACGUCUGUCACCCGCUCCUUCCGGGCCGCCCCAUCAAACGAUCUACUCGAACGUCGAGUCUGGAGCCUUGUUUCGCUGGUCGACGGCACCCGUCACAGCCGGCGCAGAGCUGCCCGCCGGAUAA